AUGGAUCAAAGAUCUAAACCAAGGAAAAGAACUCAAGAUGCUGUACAUAGAAUUUCCAAUAAUCAACCUCCACUAGUAAGCAAGCAUCCAGCUAUUGGAAUGAUCUCGGAAUUUUGUUUGAGAAUACUCAAAGAAUGUUCAAAAUCGGAUCAAAAAUCGAAACUUUCAGAACUUAUAAAGCAAGAUGUUCAAUCAUUACCUCAACAACUCAUGAUUAUAAGUAAAGGAUUUCCGAUAUAUGCAAAGGUUAAUCCAGUAGGAUGUGAAAAAAUGCUUCCAGAAUUAUUCAAAACUGUAUUUUCUAUUUUGGAAGUUGAUAAUUCGGAAAUUCUUAUUGCAUGUACAAAUUGUCUUUCUGAACUUAUCAUUAAUGGUAUCUCUGAUACUAUUAUACAACAAAAACUUGAACAAAUGUCUGAAUCUAAUAAAGAAUUAUUAUGUUUAGAUAUAAUUAUUAAAACUGUUGAGGAUGGUUUCAAAUUUCGAUAUCAAGUUGCUUGGUUUUACGUUUUAGAAAUUUCAAAAUCAUUAUUUCAACGUUUACAUCGAUCCUCGGAAACAUUAUUAAUUAAUUUAGUUAAGAUAGUUGAUGAUAUACGAAUGAAUCCAUCAUUUAAAUUAAAAGAAGAAGCUGAUCAAACAUUGGGAAUAGCAAUUGCUAAUAUGGCUUGGCUUCUUCCUUUACUUAAAGAUCAUAUCUCAAAUACCAAACUUGAAUAUUUCUUUCAGGAAUUAAUCCCUUUGGCUGAUCGACUUGGCAAAAAAUCUUUAGAAUAUCAAGAUCAAAAUAUGAUGAUUGGAGCAAAAGUUUAUGAUACAUUAAUGCAUCAAGUUUGGGCACUUUUACCGGGAUUUUGUAAUCUUCCUAUUGAUUUAUCACAAACAUUUACUAAAGUUACUGCUGAAUUAUUUAGUAAUGUUAUGUAUCAAAAACCAGAAUUUCGUUCAAUUAUUGUUCAUGCACUUAAAAAUUUAGUGGAAAAAAAUAUUACAAUUUUGAACUCUGAAGAAGAUGAUGAAGAAUUAUUUAAGAAAUAUAAUAUUAAUAAAAUGAUCGCUAAACACAAUAUUGAUCAUAUGAAAAAAUAUUCUGCCAAUUAUUUAGCAGUUUUCUUUAAUAUAUUUAGUCAAACGUUACCGGCACAUAGAGUUUACUUAUUAAAUGUUAUUAAGGUUUAUUUGGAUAUUUCUCCGGCCAAAGAAAUUUCGAUAACAUUUGGUAAAGUUAUGAAUCUAUUGAAACAAUCUUUAUCAGAUCAGCUACAAUCAACUGAGACAAAUACAAAUAAUCAAAAUUCCCCACCUCCCAUGUCUUACACAAUGUUAGAUUUGUUAAUAGCUAUGACUCCUCACCUUGAUGUGAAUUCAAUUAAACAAUUAUAUGAAGUCAUUAUCACAUUAUUAAGUAGUGAAAAUUCCACAUUACAAAAGAAAGCGUAUAAAGAGUUAAAUAAAAUUGUUGAAUGUGAAAAUGGGAAAAUUGUCAUUUUACAAAAUAUAGAAGAUUUGCAAGAUCAAUUAUUGAAUACUAUCAUGGCAUCAAAUUCAGCUUCGAAAAAGGAUAGAUUACUAAUGCUUAGUAACACGAUAAAACUUUUACCGAAUUCAGAUCUUCAUAUGAUCCCGGAAGUACUUUCCGAAGUAAUUCUUUGUACCAAAGAAGUUAAUGAGAAAGCUAGGAUUAAUGCAUACGAAUUACUUAUUGUUAUGGGUAAUAAGAUGAAAGAAGGUGGAAAUAUUAAUAUGAACAAAAUUUCGGAUGCGAAUCCAGAAUCACCAAAUAUGAUCGCUUCAAUUAAUGAAUUUAUAUUCGGUAUGGUAGUUGCGGGAUUAGCUGCAAGCACACCUCACAUGAUUAGCGCCACCAUUGCAUCAUUAUCAAGGUUGAUAUUCGAAUUCAAAGAUGAUCUUGAUAAACAAAAUCUCCAUGAACUUAUAGAUACAAUGGAUAAUUUUGUAAAUUCCAAGAAUAGAGAGAUUGUCAAAGCAGUAUUAGGAUUUGUUAAAGUUAUCGUUGUUUCAUUAGAUGUAGACUUUUUGAAUUUACAUUUAUCACAAAUCAUUCCAGGCAUUCUUAUUUGGUCUAAUGAGCAUAAGAAUCAUUUUAAAAGUAAGGUGCGACAUAUUUUUGAACGUUUAUUGAGACGUUUUGAAUACGAAAUGAUAGAAAAACAUGUUUCCGAAAGUGAUAAAAAAUUUUUAGAAGAUGAAGAUACCCCAAUAGAUUUCUUAGAUAAGGGCAUAAUGUCAAAAGUCAUUGGUACCAAUCCUAUUACAAAGAAUAAAUCAAAAAGAGAUAUUUUAUCAUCAUUUAAAGAAUCACGCGAUGGUCGUUUGAUGAUUAAAGAAUCAGAUGAAGAAUCAUUAAAAGAUUUCAAUGAUUCAGAAGAUGUAAUUAUGCAAGAAGCAGAAAAUAAUCAUCUCGAAGCACAACGCUCUAGUGAUGGAUUUACUCGAGAUGGUAUAGAAUCUAUUGAUGCUAUAACAUCCCGAAGGAAGAAAAAUAAACCAAAAAGAAAAAAUGAUGUAGUGAUUAUUGGAAAGGAAUACAAAGCCAAGAAAGCAGGAGGAGAUAUCAAAAAGAAAGGAAAACCUGAUCCGUAUGAAUAUAUUCCACUUACAUCAGUGUAUAAGAAAAAGGGUCAGAGAGGAACUAAAUUUGUGAUAACAAGAAAUGUCAAGAAAUCAACUAAAAAAUUUAAAUAA